AUGUCCCCGGAAUACGCCCUGAAGCACUCUCUACCCGGACACACGGCUGGUGUUACUUCUGUAAAAUUUAGUCCGGAAGGCAAGUACGUUGCUAGCGCUUCGGCGGACUGGUCUCUCAAGCAAUGGGACCUGGAAACCGCUUCUUUGAUCCAAUCGAUGACUGGGCACGAUCAUGGAAUUAAUGAUGUGACCUGGGAGCCAGCUGGAGAUAUGCUGGCCAGCUGCAGCGACGAUAAAACUGUUAGGUUGUGGGAUGUGCGCAGUGGACGUUGCCAGUCGACUUUGAAGGGACAUGAUGGAUUUACAUUUGCGUGUCGCUUCCAUCCUCAGGGAAAAUUGCUGGCCUCUACUAGUUUUGAUGAAACCGUGCGAUUGUGGGACAUACGCACAGGCAGGACACUGAAGACAGUACAAGCCCACUUGGAUCCGAUCAGCUCGGUGGACUUUAACCGUGACGGAAGCCUCUUUGUGACCAGUAGCUUCGAUGGCCUUGUGCGCAUUUGGGAUUCUACCACCUGCCAGGUAUUGAAGACGCUCAUCGACGACGACAACACGCCGGUGGGACAUGUGAGAUUUGCCCCGAAUGGAAAGUACGUUCUGAGUUCCACUAUGAACAACACACUGAAGCUGUGGAAUUUUCAGAAACCAAAAUGCCUCCGUUCUUAUCGUGGCCACAAGAACGAGACCUUAUGCUUGACUUCCAAUUUCUCCGUCACAUCAGGCACAUGGAUAGUCUCGGGAAGCGAAGAUAUGUCGUUAUGUAUCUGGAACUUACAAAACAAGGAGCUCGUCCAGAAGGUGGACACCAAGGGUGACAAAGUGCUCUGCACCGAUUGUCAUCCAACGGCCAAUUUAAUUGUUAGCGGAUCGUUGCAGAAUAAUCACGAAGUUAAGAUCUGGGAAAGCACCGGGCAGUAGCAAAGUUCUAUAAAUAUUGACUGUCUCUAUUUAUUUAAGUUUUUUUUUUACAAAACCAACUUUUUAAUGAGAGGAAAAAGUCUGGUACCGAAUGCUCUU